AGAUCCCGCUGACAGGGAGCUCGCGGGCGGCGAUGGCGCGGCGGUGCAUGGUGGUGCGCCCCCGUCGGCCGCCAUGGGCAUGCCUGCUGGCGCCGCGCCGCGCCGUGCCGCGGGCGACGAGGAGGAGGACUGGUACGAAGAAGCAUGGCAGUACGCGGUCGUGGAGACGAUGAUGCUCCUGGUAUUGAUUAUGAUUGCAAUUUUGUUCGACACCUUCUGGCACUACUUGACUCAUUACGUGGAACGGAACACCUACCGGUUCGGCCACCCCCACCAAGGACGAGCCCAGGGCGACGAGGUGAACCAUGAGCACAAGCAGUUGUACACGGUGCUGCUGCAGAGGAUGGGCACCGAGUUCAUGACGCUCGGCGAGCUGGCCCUUGUCAUUUUCCUGUUCGAGAAGUAUGGCGUCUUCGACUCAGUGGCGAGCGCCUGCUCCACAAUGGGUGACAUGAAGUUACCCAAGACAGGUAUGGAUUGGUUUCACAUGGCCGAGUACGUGCAUUUCUCUUUGUUUGGAGGCAUGUGUCUAUACUUCAUCCAGAUGUCCGCUUUCGUGGCUGGGAGUAUCAGACGCAUCCGAGGAUGGGAGGAAGAGCGAGGGCGCCGUGCAGAUUUGCUCCGCGCUGGCUCGUUCAUCGACCGGCAGGUCUCGACUCCGAGUUUUUUUGGCGGCCUGGAUGACCAUGAAGAGUACGAGUGCAUGCAGACCAGGUUCAUCGACGGGGUUUUCUUGUGGCAGAUCAGGGACAACACAAAGUACAACACGUUGCUUUGGCACCUCGGCCUCAACCCCGACCGUGCGGACGGCCGCUCGCUCCGGUCGGAGGUGGAGACACUACUGCAAGAUCAGUUCGACUUUAGCGCAUUCUUGGCGCUCAGCGUCGAGGCGGCUGUGGACGACGCCAUCGAGGUGCACAUCGCGUCCUGGUGCACUGUGUGGCUCUUCCUGGCGUGCGCGUUCCCGAUCCACCGCUGGGGUCCGUCGCCGCAGCUCUCCGCAGGCAGUGGUCCCACCGACCGUGUUUUGGCUGGCGCUCUGCUUAUGGGUGUUCAGACGGCAGCAUGCGUCCAUGGCACUGGUGGCGAGGCGGGAUGCCGGUAAUGACUCCUCGUCCGACGGCGAGACGCUGACGACAGAGUCAGGCUACGAGAUUUCGCUGGAGCGUGCCUUAGAUUGUCUUUGCCAUUGGCCGUCGCUGUGCUCUCGCUUCAGUGGACACGCGAGAGAUUUUGAGCCGAGCAGCUGGCGCAGCAACGAUGGGUACAUGUUCGCGUUGCUCGCUGGUUGGUUGUUUUCUUCAAGGUUCUUUCGGGGCGCAAUGCCAAGAAAUGUUUUCCGCGAUGCCCGCCUCAGUUGUAUAGUAUGGACUGCGGGAUUGGGUACCAGACGACUGGCGAGGAUCUGGACAUGGACAGGCGUAACUGCAGAAUGGUUUUUGCUGCAGCGCACAAUUGCGAACGGCUACGCGCCCCGAUGAGCAGCCUACUGGUGACUCCUCUAUCUGUUCUGUGCGCUCUUUUCGGCAUCUGGUCGUGUGUGAUGUCAAACGCUCCCUCCGCCGUGCAAUUCGAAUGACGCCAUCAGUGCGGUGGCGGAAGCUCACGCUCUGUCCAGAGAGAGGGUUGUGCAUCUGUACAGACACGCCGCUGUGAAGUUCCUGACCUUGUAGUAAGAUGGCAUCGUUGCGACGUGUCUGCUUCCACAGCCCACGUUUCCGUCCCCCCCCCCCUCCACGCACCCGGUUUGAGUUAGAUUCACGCGCUGGCCUGCUUCACAUAUAACAGAGGGUGGUACUAAGGCGAUGUCGCUGGAGAGGCGCGCGUUGUCGCUUCAUACGGCCGCCUUUAUCAUCAUAUGUUUCUGUCGCGUCUUUCCUGUGUACAUUCGCGUGAUGAUUCAGCGCCUUCCAUCAUUUUCUCCGAGGCUCUCUGCUUGCAUCCCCUCCCUCAUCGCGCCUUCGCCUCCUGCACCUCUCAAUCAUCUGUCCCAGCAGCAAAGGUCGUCGCUGCUUUCGGGAAGUUAUUUCCCAAUCAGUGCUUGCACUGAAGGGGUCCUGGCGGAAGUUGAAAGAUUUGAAGAAAUGUUCCCGUCGAUUUUGGUAAGUAGCA